CCUCAAGCACUACACCACCACGCGCAACCACGCACCUCCGCCAAUCCUCUCCAGCUCAGCCGCUGCUCCCACCACACGUUAGCUACCACACGAAAAAAGCAGCAACAAUGGACGUCUUCGGCGACAGCAAGCUCGACAUCUCCAAGCUGACGGAGAAGGACAAGGCCGAGCUGCAACAGUUCAUCGUCGCCGAGUCGCAGAAGGCGCGCAUCCAGCAGUCAAUCCACUCCCUGACAGACAUCUGCUUCAAGAAGUGCAUUCCGAGCAAGAUAUCGCAAGGCAAGCUCGACCGCACCGAGGAGCCGUGCAUGGCCAACUGCGUCGACCGUUUCCUCGACGCCAACCACGUCGUGCUGCGCCAGUUGGAGACGCUUCGGAAUGCGUAGGCGACGGUCGGCGGCGGCGCGUUUGUCGCUGGCUGGUAGCGCGGGGAGGAAGGAGGGAAGGAAGAAGAAGACUUGGGGCGGAUGGAUGGAUGAGUGGAAUGGCGGGCACGAGAGUGGGUGAAGGCAGAGACGACAUGAAUGCUCGCUCGGGCUGUGGAUGGUUGACGGAUGGCUCGGAG